ACUAUCAGGUUUGCAAGCAUUUUAUUUCCAUGGACAAAAGUUGGAUGAACAUCAAUAGAACUCUUCCUCAAUAUCAGGAUGGAGUUAAUCAAUUUAUUCAGUUUGCAUUCAAAGAUUACGAUGUGGAUAAGUUGCUUCGGUGUCCAUGUAGAAAAUGUAGAAAUAAUCACUUUGCUAAUCGGAAUGAAAUAUGUGAGCAUCUAAUGAUUCAUGGAGUGAAUAAAGACUACACAACAUGGGUUCAUCAUGGAGAAACCAUACCAGAAUCUGAUGAAGAUGCAAAUUGUGAGAUGGAAGAUCAAGCUGGGUUUCGUAUGGAUGAGAUGACGAAUGAUUUCUGGAAUGCUGCCAAUGCAAACAGUGACUCAUCAGUAAACAUUACAACACUUGAUGCACAAGAGGAUAUGGGUACCAAUAUAAUAAUUAAUGAGGAGACCACUAAAUUCCAGAAAUUAAUAGAUGAUGCAGAACAAGAGCUCUAUCCUGGAUGUGAUAGUUUUUCAAUUUUAUCUUUUAUUGUCCAAAUGUUGAAUAUCAAGUGCCUUUAUGAUCUUAGUGGGAAUGCAAUGAAUGCUCUAUUUGGUACAUUGUGCAGCGCUUUUCCUAGCAACAAUAAAGUCCCCAAGUCUUAUGAUGAUGCUAAAAAGAUUAUGUCAAAUUUGGGGUUAGAUUAUAUAAAGAUUUAUGCAUGUUUGAACGACUGCAUUCUUUUCAUAGGUGAAUAUGCUAAAGCUGAAACAUGCCCUGUUUGUGGAAUUUCAAGAUGGAAAGAGGAUGGAGAAAAUAGUGCUCGCAAGUCAAGGAGGAGAAAAGCUAGGAAAGUUCCGCAGAAGGUUUUAUGGUACUUUCCUUUGAUCCCAAGAUUAAAGCGUAUGUACAUGUGUUCAAAAAUAGCUGUUCAUAUGCGAUGGCACAAAGAGAAGCUAGUUGAUGAUGGAUAUAUGAGACAUCCAGCAGAUUCUAAUGAAUGGAAGAACUUUGACAAGAAUUUUGAAUCAUUCGCAUUGGACGCGCGGAAUGUUAGGCUAGGCCUUGCUAGUGAUGGAUUUAAUCCUUUUGGAAAUAUGAGCUCAUCGUAUAGCAUAUGGCCAGUUAUUAUUGCUAUAUAUAACUUACCACCUUGGAUGUGCAUGAAAGAUUCUUAUAUGAUAAUGUCAAUGCUUAUCCCUGGGCCUAAAGCACCUGGAAAUGACAUAGAUGUAUACUUGCAGCCAUUGAUUGAUGAAUUGAUACAGCUACGGGAAGGCGUGCCAGCCUAUGAUGCUCAUGCAAAGUCCUCCUUUAAGCUACGGGGAAUGCUGCUUUGGACAAUCAAUGAUUUCCCUGCAUUUGGUAAUUUAUCAGGCAUGAGCACGAAAGGAAAAUAUGCAUGUCCUUCUUGUCACAUGGACACUUGGUCCCAUAGGCUCGUUAAUGGACACAAAUACUGCUAUAUGGGACAUCUUCGCUUCUUGCCAACAAGACAUUCAUGGAGGAGCAAUGCAAAAUCUUCUGAUGGCCAAAAGGAAAGACGUAGCGCCCCAAAAGCGUUGUCAGGAGAUGACAUUAUGCGUCAAUAUCAAAAUUUCAAUCAGGUUAAAUUUGGGAAACAUAACAAUAAGAGAAAACGCUCAAGCACAUUGUAUGGAGUUUGGAAGAAAAAAAGUAUAUUUUUCCAGCUGCCAUAUUGGAGUACGUUAUCGAUAAGACAUAAUCUAGAUGUCAUGCACAUUGAAAAGAAUGUUUGCGAUAGUAUUGUGGGUACCUUGUUAAAUCUAGAUGGGAAGACAAAGGACAAUAUUAAAUCCCGGUUUGAUUUGGAACUCAUGAAAAUACAGCCUGAACUUCAUGCACCUCCAACUGGUGAUGGGAAGUUCUUAUUUCAUCCUGCAUGCUAUACAAUGACACUAGCUGAGAAGAAAGCAUUUUGUGAGUUCCUUAGAGAAAUAAAAGUGCCAGAUGGAUACUCUUCAAAAAUUUCACACUAUGUGGAUGCAACAAAAGCUAAAAUAUCAGGGAUGUAGUGUCAUGAUUGUCAUGUAU